AUGGCCCUAACCUUACCUGCAGCAGGUCAACCUUUAAGGAAUUCAUUGGCAGCAAGAUUCAAUGCAGUGCCAAGGUGCAUUAUAUAUCCAGAUGUGGAAGAUGGGACAACCUUUGAAAUCAAACCUCACAUCUUCAACAUAUUGCCAUCCUUUCAUGGGUUGCCAAACAGUGAUCCUAACAUGCAUUUGGCUGAUUUUAUUGAGGCAUGUGACAACACCAUAAUUAGAGGUUUCUCUUCUGAAGCUAUCAAGUUAAGCUUGUUCCCGUUCUCUUUGAAGGAUAAAGCCAAGGGGUGGCUGCAUUCUCUGCCUGCCAAUAGCAUUACAACAUGGACAGAAUUGCAAGAAAAAUUUCUUAAUAAGUUUUUUCCUUCUUCCAAGACUCUUGCACUCAAGAAAGAGAUAUGGGCUUUUGCUCAAAAGCCAAACGAGUCUUUCCAUGAAGCUUGGGAAUGGUAUAAUGAGAUGUACACAAAAUGUCCUCAUGCUGAGUUUGAUUCUAACCUUCAAAUGAACAUAUUUUAUGAUGGUCUUAAUGCCACCGCCAAGAGUCAAGUGAAUGCAUCUGCUGGAGGGUCACUAAUGUCAAAAUCAGCAAGGGAAGCAUUUGAGUUAUUUGAUAUGAUGGCUUCUGAAUCCCAACAAUGGACAGAAGAACAAACACAAAAGAGGGGAGUUUUUGAGAUUUCUCAGAGUUCUCCUAAUGUUUCUGCUCAAAUUGCUAAAAUGGAGAAGAAUUUUAAUGCCAAGUUUGCUGCCUUAAUGCAGGUCUCUUCCAUGCCCAAUGCCCAAAAAGUUUGCAUCAUUUGUAGUGAGACAACUCAUGACAUCACUCAAUGCCCCAACAAGGAUAGCUACCCUGAGCUUGUACAAGAGCAUGUGAAUAUGGUGAAUAAUUUCAUUAGACCUAGAAGUGACCCUUAUUCCAAUACAUAUAAUCCUGAGUGGAAGAACCAUCCCAAUCUUAGUUGGGGUGGCAACCAACAGCCACGUCAAUACCAACAGUCUUACCAAUCAACUUGUGAGACUAAGAAACCAUCUCUUGAAGACCAAAUGUCACAGCUAGCUCAACAUAUGUUUGCUAUCUCUAAUAGCACCAACAAUUUUGUCCAAUCCACGCAAACUAGCAUUCAGAAUCUCACGACAUCAGUGGGGAAUUUGGAGACUCAAGUUGGACAGCUUGCUACCAUGUUCAAUGAAAGAGAGAAAGGAAAGUUCCCGAGCCAAUCUGAGCAAAAUCCAAGAGGGAUGGAGCAUUGUAAAGUAAUACGGACAUUGAGAAGUGGCAAAAGCUAUGACAACAGAGAAGUGGUGCACCAUGAAGCCGAAGUGGAAGAAGAAGAGCUUACUGAAAGUGCACCAUUAGCUGCAAAGUCUCGGUCAAAGGCUAUUUGUGCAGCAGGUAUUCCAGAUCCUAGUGCAAGUGACAAAGUGCAAUCUCGACCCAACUUUGAUGCAAACAAGGAAAAAGGCCUCGGUAGUUUAUUUGCACCUUCUGACAAGCCACUAUACAAGCCACCUUUGCCAUUUCCACAACGACAGCAACAACGUUCCAAGGAUGAACAAUGCAUUGAAUUCAUGAAGACGUUGGCUAAGGUUCAAAUUAAUUUGCCUCUAUUAUAUGCUAUUAAAUAG